AUGAAUGUCGAGAACAAAAUCCUGCGAGCCGAAAUCAAGCUGCUCAAGGAUUCUGUUACAGACCUGCGCAUCGCGUUGGCUAGCAAGACAGAGCUCAUCGAGGAGCUUCGACAACGGCUAGGUAUACUCAAGCGCGAGAAGCUUUACUGCGCUCACAGGCAUGGGUGGUUGAACUUGACUUGUCUCGAAUCCGUGCAGAAAUCCGCCGAUACCUCCAGCAACGUCCACCUAGCCUCAUACUCUUUAAACCCAGAUGCCUACGACACCCACAGCUUGGACUGCCUCUUCGCGUUGGUUGACAUCUAUAGCCAAAUCCUACCCGGGUACUUUGACAAAAAGAAGUAUACAGGAACCGAGGAGAACAACGCUGCGCUUGCCCUUGUCUAG